AGCGUCAGCCGCAGGGGCACUGGUGCCCGACUCCUUGUUUCAGUGGCUCCAAGGGGCUGGGUGGGAAGCAGGAGGCCAUUAGGACCCAGAAGCUCCCUGAGCAUGCCGCUCUGCCGGCUGCCUCUCACCGCUCACUGCAGUGGUUCAGGCUUCAGCAGCCCUGGAGAAGCAUCAGCUGAGAGGAGCUAUCACAUGGGAGCCGGGAGCUGCUCAGCAAAGAUGCCUUCAUGAGGAAACUGAAAUCCUAAAGAGUCACAGUAAUUCCCAGACCUGGGACUGGAAACCGGAUCUCAUGUCCCUUCUAUGCCCCAACAGCUCCUGCCAUUCUGAGAGACAAGAAAUCAGGAAAUUUACAUAAGCAACUUGAAAACUGGGGCACUAUCCUGAAGCUCAGCGGGACCCUAGGAGAGGGAGACAGAGGAUUUAGAAUCUCUGGAUAACAGUCCCUGAGAGAGGAAAAGGGCAUGGAGAAUAGAGGAAAGGAAAAGAAAAAGGAACCGGCGACCAGUCAGAAGGUGGAGUGCUGAGUGAGUGAGGCUCCGGCAUCUCUCAUGUCUCCUGCUUCUUCCAGGUCACCAAAGGCAGACCAGAGCCAGGAAGCAGAGAUGAGCUUCUGAGCCUUCCGUUCUAUUACCUGCACAGCCAGGCCUGGAAGGCUGGCGAUUAGAGCCUGUCCAGGAGGCUCCAGCAGGAGGCACCCUCUCCCCUCAUCCCCCCACACAAAAUUGGCAAGCCUGUUAAGCCUGGGCCUGGGCUGGCCAUCCCAGGGUCACUGGACUAGGAUGGGGGAUGGGCCUGUGACAGGAGGUGCCCUGGGUGUCCUCUUUCGGCCCCAUGGAGUCCUCUCCCAUCCCCCAGUCAUCAGGGAACUCUUCCACUCUGGGGAAGGUCCCUCAAACCCCAGGUCCCUCUACUGCCAGUGGGGUCCCAGAGGUGGGGCUGCGGGACGUGGCCUCGGAAUCUGUAGCCCUUUUCUUCAUGCUCCUGCUGGACUUGAUCGCUGUGGCUGGCAAUGCUGCUGUGAUGGCUGUUAUCGCCAAGACACCCGCCCUCCGAAAAUUUGUCUUCGUCUUCCACCUCUGCCUGGUGGACCUGCUGGCCGCCCUGACCCUCAUGCCCCUGGCCAUGCUCUCCAGUUCUGCCCUCUUUGACCAUGACCUCUUCGGGGAGGUCGCCUGCCGCCUCUAUUUGUUCCUGAGCAUAUGCUUCGUCAGCCUGGCCAUUCUCUCCGUGUCGGCCAUCAAUGUGGAACGCUACUAUUAUGUUGUCCAUCCCAUGCGCUAUGAGGUGCGCAUGACGCUGGGGCUGGUGGCCUCUGUAUUGGUGGGCGUGUGGGUGAAAGCCUUGGCCAUGGCUUCUGUGCCAGUGUUGGGAAGGGCCUCCCGGGAGGAGGGAGCUCUCAGCGUCCCCCCAGGCUGCUCACUCCAAUGGAGCCGCAGUGCCUACUGCCAGCUUUUCGUGGUGGUCUUUGCUGUCCUUUACUUCCUGUUGCCUCUGCUCCUCAUCCUUGUGGUCUACUGCAGCAUGUUCCGAGUAGCCCGAGUGGCAGCCAUGCAGCAUGGACCGCUGCCCACGUGGAUGGAGACACCCCGGCAACGCUCUGAGUCUCUCAGCAGCCGCUCCACUAUGGUCACCAGCUCGGGGGCCCCCCAGACCACCCCACACCGGACGUUCGGGGGAGGGAAGGCUGCAGUGGUCCUCCUGGCUGUGGGGGGACAGUUCCUGCUCUGUUGGUUGCCCUACUUUUCUUUCCACCUCUACAUUGCCCUGAGUGCUCAGCCCAUUUCGACUGGGCAGGUGGAGAAUGUCGUGACCUGGAUAGGCUACUUCUGCUUCACUUCCAACCCGUUCUUUUAUGGAUGUCUCAACCGGCAGAUCCGAGGGGAGCUCAGCAAGCAGUUUGUCUGCUUCUUCAAGCCGGCUCCAGAGGAGGAGCUGAGGCUACCAAGCCGGGAGGGCUCCAUUGAAGAGAACUUUCUGCAGUUCCUUCAGGGUACAGGCUGUCCCACGGAGUCCUGGGUUUCCCGACCCCUCCCCAGCCCCAAGCAGGAGACACCUGCUGUGGACUUUCGAAUUCCAGGCCAGAUAGCUGAAGAGACCUCUGAGUUCCUGGAGCAACAACUCACCAGCGACAUCAUCAUGUCGGACAGCUACCUCCGUCCCGCCCCCUCACCUCGACUGGAAUCAUGAUGGGCUUCUAGCCACUUGGAGGGAGAUGGGGCUGGGGCCACUUAUAACUGAAGUUAUUCACUGAAGUGAAUCCCACCUUGUGGGAUUACCUAUUCCCAGCUAGCAGGGGCUGGGGCUGGGGUCUCUACACACAGCUUUUGCUUAGUGUUUUCUGGGUCAGGAACAAUGCCAACAGAGAGGAUGAACGUGUGGCAAAAGCCUUGGACAUGGCUAUGAUCCUUGACUACUGGGGGAGGGAACCUGGUGAGAUGGUAAUGAGAAUAAAGGGUCACGAAGGAUUGGCCUCCUUGAUCUCUCUCCUCAUGGCAGUGACCCACCUCCAGCCCCCUGGACUAUCGGGUACAAGAGACUAAGGUUGGGAAUGGGAAGGGUGGGGUUUCCAUGGUCCAUUAAAUGCUUCCUACUCCCAUCCAUCGCUCUCAAAAUUAGCUUCAGUGACAAAGACUUAAGUCUCUCUCCUAUCUGCAGCCCUGGGUUGGAGAGAGGGCCCGAGAGUUGGGUUCAGAUGUUCACUAAUUGAGACUGUAGGAACUUGUUGGUUGGUAUCAGUGGUGGUAUUUGCAAGGGAGGGGGAAUAGUUGCAAACUGGACAGGACACCCAUCUGGGACUACUUGUCUAUCCACUUCCCUCAGUUGGAUCAAGUAACAUUCAAGGGUUGAGGCAGGACAAGAGGGUGCUUUGAUCUGUAUUUGAACAAAUUCCUGGCUCACUGAACAUUAAAGGGAAGACGGGCUGGUGGGAGUGGGAUAGUUUCCCCUUUGAAUGGCCAAUAAAUACUUUUUAUUAUAAAAAGUUAUUCUGAUAUCAACAUUUACUAUUUCAGUUCAAUUCAGUGCAUAAUAGUUGAAUACCUAGUAUUCUCUGGGACCCACACAGUCACUGCCUUUGAGGAGUUCAUAGUCUAAUUUUAUCAGGUACCUUGUAUUUUUACAGAGCACUUAUAUCCGGUAAAGCAUUAAAGAAUGUUUGAGAAAUAUAUUGGAGAAUACAUUGGAGCUCAGUCCACUGCAGCAAGAUACAUACAUGGAAGCUUCCUGUGGAUUGUGGAACGUGUGAGGGUUGUAAAUGAAAUUCUAGCUGCAGAAAAGAAUUUAUUAAGAAACUGGGCAAACAGCUUUCCCCCUUUAGAUGUAGGAGAAUUUACAGGUUUCUGUCUUCCUACCACCAAACUUACUUUAGUCUAGAACCUAUUACACUGAAGAAAUCCCUUAGAUAGUACAUCUACCAAGGAGAAUCCUUCGUGAUUGAAAAACAUGCUCUUCUCACUCUCCUCCCUUUUAAGAUAAACUCAGAAGGGAGACAUCUCACUUGUAGAUAAGGGGUUCUCUUCAAACAUCAGGGAUCAGCUAGUAGGCCUUAAGCAUCGCCAGCAGGUGGCAGUGUGAGUCCAGUGGAAACAGGAAAGGAGCUUGCAUGGGGGAGUUGGGGGUGGGGAGAGGGAGUGAGGAGAGGGGAGAACAGGAAACAUUGUCUGGCAGCCAUUUUGUUAAUUUAUUUUGUCUUCUCCUUUGCCUUGCCCUCCAGCCCUUCCUUCACAUACAUCAAAAAAGAAAAUUUUAAGUGCAAGGAUAACUCUAACUCAGGCUUGUAUUUCCUGACACUGAACUCACUGGUGUUUAUUACAGAAUUUGACAUAGGCUGGUUCAUUUGCCACUUAUUUUUCCCUGAGUGGAUCAUGAAGGAAAUAAAAAUUUCUAUUAUGUUGACAAUUCUCCCAAA